CUUCUCUCGUCUUCUUCCAUCACAACUUCUUCAAGAAACAAUCAUGGGUAAAGGUCCAGGACUCUACACCGAGAUCGGCAAAAAGGCCAGAGAUCUUUUGUACAAGGACUACCAAGGAGACCAGAAGCUCAGUAUCACCACUUACUCUUCAACCGGUGUUGCAAUCACUACAAGUGGAACAAACAAGGGAGAUUUGUUUCUGGGUGAUGUAGUUACCCAAAUCAAGAAUAAGAACUUCACUGCUGAUAUCAAAGUUGCCUCUGAUUCUUCUAUCCUGACCACUUUCACCUAUGAUGAGGCUACCCCUGGAUUGAAGGCAAUCGUUAGCGCCAAGGUGCCUGAUCAAAAAUCCGCCAAGGUUGAGCUCCAGUAUAUGCACCCACAUGCAGGUAUCUGCACCAGCGUUGGAUUGACAGCUAACCCCGUUGUCAACUUCUCCGGUGUGAUUGGAACCAGUGUCUUGGCUCUUGGUACCGAUGUCUCCUUCGACACCGAAUCUGGCAACUUCAAGCAUUUCAAUACCGGUGUGAGCUUCACCAAGGAUGAUUUGAUUGCUUCUCUUACCUUGAAUGACAAAGGUGAGAAAUUGACUGCAUCGUACUACCACAUUGUCAACCCGUUGAAGAACACGGUGGUUGGAGCUGAGGUGAGCCACAACUUGAAGAGCCAGGUGAACUCGAUAACCGUGGGUACUCAGCACGCUUUGGACCCAUUGACCACAGUGAAGGCGCGCGUGAACAAUGCGGGUAUAGCCAACGCGUUGAUCCAACACGAGUGGCGUCCAAAGUCGUUCAUCACCAUCUCUGGAGAGGUUGACUCUAAGGCGAUCGAGAAGAGUGCCAAGGUUGGGUUUGCUCUCGCUCUCAAGCCUUGAGAAUGAGAAGAGAAGAACCUCCAAUGUCUUCUUCUAAUCUUUUGGGCUAAUCUCUCUGUGUCUGGUUUUUUUUCUUUUUAAAAUUGUUCAUUUGUUUUCUUUUUCUACAAAAUAAGAAGAAAAAAAAAUACUAUGAAAGGAUCUUCUUUGAAGAUGAACCAUAAAAAAAUCUAUUUUCUUGAUUA